CCAACCCAUUGGUUGAAGUUGAAGCCCACAGUUUUGAAUUACUCUUUGAUCGACACUUUCCUCGCACACUUAAUAGUUUCAAAUACGGACUCAAGUUUCGCUCUGAGAGCGAAGAGACAUCUCCCACAGAAGCAUCGAUUUUCGCAAUUCUUUUGUUCUUUUGGUACUUUUUCUUUGACCCAUCAAAGUGUGAUUUUUUACGCUUACGCUGUUUCCCACUUUCAACCAACUGUUACACUAAAUGCGUAUCCAUUGAAAUUAAUUUUCUUGACUAAUUAGUCGAUUAAAUUUGGAAAGCAUUCCCUAAAAAUUUAAUCUUGGCGCGGGAUUUGAAAACUCUCCCUCCCAUUUUGCCUUUUUUAUUUAUCUUUUCCAUGUAAGAAGAUAAUAAUCUAGGUACGGGUCCUUUGGGGCGUGUAACAGAACUGAAAUAGAAUCCAGAGAGUCAAAAUAGUUAGGGUUCACAAAUCGUUUUUGUUCGAUCUUUAUCACUGUCAUUAGUGAUUCUUGAUCUUGGUUAUUUAUAUUUUGCCAAUACACUAAAAAAAAAAUAUUGAUACCCUUUUACUUCAUGGGCAAAGGGAAAAGGCGUCGAGGUAAUAAUACAGUCACCAUUCCGGAAGAUUCAAACCCCACCCAACAAAAUACUCAAUCUUUAGAUUUCAAUGGGGAGUGUGAAGCUGAUCAGAGUAAAGCAGUAAACUUUACGGAAACAAUUGAUGAUGGGGCUGUAAGGUUUUCUUCUAUUGCUGAAGGUGUGAAAGGAAAGGGUGGCAGAAGAAGUGAAAAGGAGGAGGGCGAGAAAACGAUGUUAGAGGGGAGUUCGUUGGAGAAGGGCGGCGCUGGAGACGAAAACCGUGGUGAAAAUGGUGGAGUUGAAGUUUCUACUUCGGUUCAAGGUGUUAAAAAGAAGCGAGGCAGAAAGAGUAAACAGGAAAAGUAUGAGAUGGAAAUGAAGUUGUUGGGGGAAAAUUUAUUGGAGAAAAAUGGUGAAAAUAGCAGGGUAGGAUGUUCUUCUGUUCAAGGUGCGGAAAAGAAGCGCGGCAGAAGGAUUAAAAAAGAAAAUGAAGACAUGGACAGUAAGAUUUCAGAUGGCAGUUUGUUGGAGAAGAAUGGUGAUGGAGAUGUUAGCCACGGUGAAAGGGAUGGGGUUGGUGGUUCUUCUUCUCUUCAAGAAGGCGUGAGAGAUGGAGGUAAUGGUGGGGUUCAUGUUAAGAGACCUGGGAGGAAAAGAAAGGUUGUUAAGGAAGGGGAUGCUGAGUUUGAAAUGUCUGUCGUUCUUUCGGGAAGUGGAAGUGGCAAUGGGAAACAACAUAAUCUUAGAACUCGUAAAGUAAAAAUAGAAGCUGUGAAGCCGGAAAAGAGUAAGAGGGAUAAGAAGUCUGUUGAACAAUCCUUAAUGUGCCAUCAAUGCCAGAGAAAUGAUAAAGGCAGGGUUGUGAGGUGCUCAAAAUGCAAGAGGAAAAGAUUUUGCAUACCCUGUAUUCUAAAUUGGUAUCCUCAUUUGAAAGAGGAUUACAUUGCAGAGGCAUGUCCCGUGUGCCGUGGUAAUUGCAACUGCAAAGCAUGCUUGCGAUCCGAUGUACUUAUUAAAGAAAUGAAGAAUAAAACAAGUACCAAUGAAAAUGAGAAGGUUGAGGUCUCUACGUGUUUGCUGCAAGUACUUCUUCCGUAUUUAAGAUUGUUGGAUGAAGAACAAAUGAUUGAGAACGAGACAGAAGCUAAGAUACAGGGAAUCUCAGUCUCAGAGCUUAAAGUAGUGCACGCGGAUUAUUGUAAGGAUGAACGUGUAUAUUGUGACAACUGCAAAACCUCCAUAUUUGAUUACCAUAGAAGCUGUACAGAAUGCUCUUUUGAUCUUUGUCUCAUCUGUUGCCGUGAACUUCGUAGUGGUCAGCUUGUAGGGGGUGCAGAUCCAAUUAUGUUGGAGUUUUCAUUCAGAGGUCGUGAGUACUUGCAUGGUGGAGAGGAAACAGUAAACCAAACUGAAUUAAAUGAUGCUGCUAAGCCUCUAAUUCGUGAAUGGUCAAGAGCUGGAUGGCAUGCAGAAAGUAAUGGUAGCAUUCCUUGUCCAAAAGCCAGUGAUAAAUGUUGCCAUGGUUUUCUUGAACUGAGAAGUGUAUUAGGUCAACAUUUUAUAACUGAUUUAUUGUGUAAAGCAAAUGGACUGGCACAAACAUUCAAGCAUGGGACCCCUGACAAAAUCUGUUUGUGUUCAAGGCCUGAUAGAAACGCAAAUUAUGAUAUGAGGAAGGCUGCUUCCCGUGCAGAUUCUAGUGACAACUAUUUGUACUGUCCUAAGGCUGUACAACUACAGGAUGAGGAUUUAGGGCAUUUUCAGUGGCAUUGGGAAAAGGGAGAGCCUGUCAUUGUUAGCCAUGUGAUUGAUUGUACAUCUGGUUUAAGCUGGGAACCACUUGUCAUGUGGCGUGCAUUCCGUCAGAUGACUAAUACCAAACAUGAACAACAUUUAGAUGUAAAGGCAAUUGAUUGCUUAGAUUUCUGCGAGGUAGAAAUUAACAUCCACCAAUUCUUUAUUGGGUAUACGAAAGCUUUUGGGGAUUGGCUUAAUUGGCCUCGGAUAUUGAAGUUAAAAGAUUGGCCACCUUCUAAUUUAUUUGAGGAACGCUUGCCUAGACAUUGUGCUGAGUUUAUAUCGUCCUUACCAUUCAAGGAAUAUACUGAUCCUCUUGGUGGCUGUCUUAACUUAGCUGUUAAAUUACCUAAGGAGUGUCUAAAGCCAGACAUGGGGCCAAAGACAUAUAUUGCUUAUGGAUUUCCUGAGGAGUUUGGACGUGGUGACUCAGUGACUAAGCUCCACUGUGAUAUGUCCGAUGCAGUAAAUGUGUUGACUCAUAUUGCUGAAGUCAAAUUGGAACCCGGGCAUCUUAGUGCCAUUGAGAAGUUGAAACAAAAGCACUUUGAGCAAGACAAGAGGGAGCUGCAUAGUGAUCACGAUAGAGAAACUAAUGUUGACAAAGUAAAAACGAUGCCAGAAAGUGAUUUGUCGUUUGCAGGGGAUGGCUCAGAAGGUGCUCUGUGGGAUAUUUUUCGGAGGCAGGAUGUACCUAAAUUGCAGGAGUAUCUGUGGAAGCAUUUUAGAGAGUUUAGGCAUAUCCAUUGCCGUCCUUUGGAGCAGGUUAUUCACCCCAUCCAUGACCAGACAUUCUAUUUGACCGUGGAGCAUAAGAGGAAGCUUAAGGAAGAGUAUGGAAUUGAGCCCUGGACAUUCGUUCAGAAGCUUGGAGAUGCUGUUUUCAUUCCAGCUGGCUGUCCUCACCAAGUCAGAAAUCUGAAGUCAUGUAUUAAGGUUGCAUUGGAUUUUGUUUCUCCUGAAAAUGUUGGGGAGUGUUUUCGUUUAACAGAGGAAUUUCGUACACUUCCCAUAAGCCAUGGGUCUGCUGAGGAUAAAUUGGAGGUGAAAAAGAUGACAAUAUAUGCUAUGCAAGAUGUGAUAACAAAAUUGGAGAAAGCAAGGAUGGAAGUAAAUAUUCCCUUAACAGACAAAGAGGAAGAGGUGGAAGAAUAAAUUUUGGGUCAUUAGCUCAUUCGUGACUGUAAGAACGGUUUCGUAUUUUGUUGUUUCAACCACACCUGGGAAGGGUUUUUUUUUUUGGCUCCCUUUUUGGUUAACAUUAUACGUCUUGUAAACCUAGCUUUCACAUUUAGCUUGUGUCUUUUUUAGAUGUUCAUGUUUCCGAUUACCAACUCUUAAAUGCCAUUUAAUUGUAUUCUGAAGAAUGCAACCAGAGGUAAUAUAAGUAUUAUGUUAGAUUUUACUAAA